AUGUUGUCCAACAUUCUGAAGAUUGGAGCGGAGGGCAGACAUGUCAUUCUGGUGGAGGAUAUUGUGGACACAGGGCUGACUUUGAAGGCACUGAUCGACGAGCUUUCAACUUGUGCCGAGUCCGUGAAGGUCGUGGCACUGUUGAACAAGAAAUCACGCCGGACGGUCGACGUGCAACCGGACUACUGUGCCUUCGAGUGUCCUGAUGAAUUCGUUGUGGGGUAUGGCAUGGACUUCAACGAGCAAUAUCGCUCACUGCCGUACAUCGGUGUCCUGAGGCCCCAGGUGUACGGAGCUCCCGAUGACUAG